AUGCAAAAUAUAACUUUCUUUAGGAAUUUGAAGAUUGAAUAUGAACAGCUGAAAGCACAGCACUUGAGAAAAGGGCUGAGCCCUCCGUCCUCUCCCCCUGAUUCUCUGGCAUCCCUGCAGCACACAUCUGAGGAUGCAGAACUUAUUGCUGAGGCAAAACUGCUAAGACAGCACAAAGGCCGACUGGAAGCCAGGAUGCAAAUUCUGGAAGAUCAUAACAAGCAACUAGAAUCCCAACUUCAACGGCUUCGCCAGUUAUUGGAGCAGCCUGACUCAGAAUCCAGGGUGAAUGGAGUCUCUGUGUCUACAUUAAUGCAGCCGCCGGCCCCACAAUAUACAGCUGACCACUACAGUUCACAGUUUCAACACACAGAUGACAUACUAUCCUCCCCUCAUAACACCAGCACAGACAGACCUGAUGGAUGUUAUGGAACAAAUAAACAGCACAUUUCCACUCAGCAGUUGUAAGUGCUACUA